GCUGGUUUAUAAAUUCUUUUCUUAAAAUUACAUCUUGAGAUGGAGUUGUGUUUUAUUUCAGGCUGUUCCUAAAAAGCGUUUCAAUGAUGUGGUUGUUAAGAACGGGGUUGGUUUAGCGUUUGCGGUUAUGGGAUUCUCUUCUCAAAUGGAUGGACCUGCAGAGGGGUCUGGUCUAACUGCAGUUGGUGAAACAAGAUUAGUGCCUGAUUUGUCUACUCUAAGGAGAAUUCCCUGGAAUAAAAAAGAUGAAAUGGUUUUAGAUGAUAUGUGUGUUAAACCUGGUGAAGCUUGGGAAUAUUGUCCAAGAGAUGUCAUAAGAAGAGCUUCUAAAAUUCUGAAAGAUGAAUUUGACUUGGAAAUGAAUGCAGGAUUUGAGAAUGAAUUUAUUCUCUUAAAGAUGCUAAAAAGACAAUUUGUUAAAAAUGUGGUGAAAAAAUAUUCAGGGAAGAUACACUGUGAAGCUGCUAAAGGUCAGUUUGAGGUGGUUUUGAAGUAUACCAUUUGCACUAAAGCAGCAGACAACUUAAUUUUCACCCGUGAAGUUGUUAGGGCAAUUGCCAGAAAGCAUGGCUUGCUAGCAACUUUUAUUCAAAGUAAGUACGCAUUAGAUGAUAUGGGUUCUGGAUCGCAUGUUCAUCUUAGCUUGUGGCGGAAUGGCCAAAAUGUAUAUAUGGGAUCUGGUACAUCAUCUAAGCAUGGAAUAUCAACUUUGGGAAGAGAAUUUAUGGCAGGAAUUCUACAACAUCUUCCUUCAAUCUUGGCAUUUAUAGCACCACUCCCUAACAGUUAUGAUCGAUUGCAACCCAAUACAUGGAGUGGUGCGUACCUUUUCUGGGGAAACGAAAAUAAGGAGGCUCCAUUGCGAGCUUCAUCUCCACCUGGAACUCUCGACGGUCUAGCCACCAACUUUGAGAUGAAAUCAUUUGAUGGUUCUGCCAAUCCAUACUUGGGCUUAGCUGCCAUACUUGCUGCUGGCAUUGAUGGGCUUCGAAGGCAUCUUCCUCUUCCUGAACCUGUUGGUAAGAUCAUAUAACCUUGAUUAUAAUGUUUAAA